UAUUACGAAAAAUGUCUGCUCACAAAAUGAAAAAAAGCAUUAAUCGCUUAGAGACUGAAAUAUACAAGCUAAAAGCGAAAGGUUACCUAAAGAAAACGUCGGAUUCUAAUGAUGAGCUGAUUGUUGAGCUGCGAGGACCGAAGGACACACCAUUCCACAAUGGACUUUUGACUGUAAGUAUCGUUUUGCCGCUUGAUUAUCCUUUCAAAAGUCCCUCUAUCGGCUUUGUUAGCAAAAUAUUCCAUCCAAAUGUCGAUGAAUCGUCCGGAAGCGUAUGCUUAGAUGUUCUCAACCAAGUAUGGACGCCAUUGUAUGACCUGCAAACGAUUGUGGAGGUGUUCAUUCCGCAAUUGCUCGCCUAUCCCAAUGCCAUGGAUCCACUUAAUACGAAAGCCGCACAGAUGUACUUGAAUGAUAGAGACAUGUACAACAAAGUGGCCAAAGAAUACGUUUCAAAGUACUCAAAGGAAAUUAAUAGGGAAAGGGAAGAUAAUUCAUUGAGUUAUUCCAGUUCUGACUUGGAGUUUGAAGCCGAGUUGGUCUAAUUAAAC